UGGGGGAAAACUACCGUAUAUAUGGUUUAUCUUAUCGCCUGCCGGGUCACCCUGUAUGCGCGGCAAUGUUAACUAUAGGACAGCAGGCAAAGCAAAGCCAAACAGCAAGCUAGUUAAAAUGCUCGCUGUUCGCUGGGGUUGCUCCACAGUCGCGUUUGCAUCGAUCGUGCGAACAGAUCACAAGCACAUCGCUGUUGGAUUCGGUUUUGGUAGAGCAAUCAGCAAAGCGUUCACAGCAGGAGCAGCACCUGGAAUUGGGAAUAACAAGCGCCACAUCAUGUCAAGCCAAAGUCAGCUGAACACAUCGCAACUGCGCUUCGAGGAGAAGCCGUUGCAUGUGCCCGCUCUGGAGGAGCUGCAGAAUGUCAUACAGGGUGCGUUGGCGAAGAACUUCAAAACAGUCAGUGUUAGUGUGGGCGCUUGUCCCGAUCUGAAGGCCGCACAAUACGGUCUAGUGGAGUCGGGUCUGGGUGGCAAACCCACCUUGCUGGAGGUUGGCGGUCCACCGUUUCUGCUGCCGCUCGUGCAGCGCGACAAGUUGUACAACAUUACGGAGAUCACCCGACAGAUUCAAGGUCCCGGCAAAAUCUUUGCCGUUGGCGCAGGCGCUGGACCUUAUCCCAUUCGCAACUCCAACUGCGAAGGCAUCUACAAUCUGUCUGUGAGUGAGAAGGAUGUGCUGACCAAUGGCAGUUAUACGGCCACAGUGCGUGGCGAGCACGAGGAAUGCGUCCUGGAGCGCAUUCCCAACUCGGAGCCACGUUGUGCGCUGUUGCUUAAUUUGUAUCUGAGUCGUGGUGAGGCGGGCAAUGUGCUCAAGAUCAGUGCCAAGCAGCGCAAGGGAGAGCAGAAUUUUAUCGAGUGCAUACGCAAGGGAUUGGAGGAUCACUAUGGUGAUCAGGUGGUUGGCUUAGGUGGCAUCUUCGUGAUCAAGAAGGGUGCGGCGCAUCAGCACGUGAUGCGUGACUUCAGCAAAACGCCCAUUCACACCGAUGAGGAGGUGAAUCAGUGGCUCAAAUUCUACGAGAUGCCUGCUCAAUUGAAUGCGUUGGGCACAUUGGUGACCAAGGAACACGAUCUGGAUCUGCGUCUGCAACACUUUCACUCGUUCUCAUUCAGCAAUUGGGGCGGACACUAUCACUACGACACGACGCCCGAUAUCGUGGAGUAUGAGGCCUAUUUGAAUGUGGCCGAGCGUGUUGUGCGUGUGGACAAACCUGUGGCCACGCACAAGGUGGGCAGGGAUUAAGGCAUUGAUGAUGACUAUAGCCCAAGGGCUAGCAACAAUUAUGUAUGAUAAACUAAUGGUAGACCCCAAAAAUAUAAAAAUAAACGCGUGAAAAGGUUUUGCUCGA